AUGUGGGACGACGAGGAUAACAACCCGUACGGCUCGUUUGAGCGCCAUGAUUCUUCGCCCUCGCAGGUCGGCCAUUUCGGCUCCCCCGGCGGAUUUCGGCCGAUGACCCCGCCGUCUGAGGCGUCGUCCCCGCCCUUCGGCUCGCCAGAAUACAUUACCCACCGUAGAGACCUUAGCGAUGUUGAGUACGACGAUGAGCCUCAACAGCCCCAGCGCAUCGAGCCCAAGAAGGGUGGCUAUGACAGCCGCAUUGAACAAAUCCUCUAUGAGAACCCGCAGCUGCCUAUUCUCAUUACCGAUGCCGGCAAGAGUGCAGAAGGCGGGGGCAAAUACAUUGUCUACGCCAUUAGGACUGGGGAUCUAGAGGUCCGCCGGAGGUACUCUGAGUUCGCGUCUCUGCGCAACACGCUCGUCAACCUCCACCCGACUCUUAUUAUCCCUCCGAUUCCAGAAAAGCACACCACCGCCGACUAUGUUGCCAAGCCCAUGAAGGCAAAGGAAGACAUUGGAAUUAUAGAGCUGCGCAAACGUAUGCUAGCUGUCUUCCUGAACCGGUGCAGGCGGAUGCAGGAAGUCCGUGAGGAUGGCGUUUGGUGGAGGUUCCUGGACCCCAACGUUAGCUGGAGCGAGGUUCUCCACUCCCAUCCGGUGGCGUCGCUCCCUUCGAACAAGCUUAAGGCACCCCCGCUCGAUGCCGCAAACCCAACCCCAGGCCACCAUUAUCUUCCUGUGCCGGCUGCUUCUGCCAGGCUCAGAUCGAGCGGAAAUUCUACGUCGGGAACGCCCAACUCGCCGCCGCAACACCAGUCGCAGCCUUCUACUGCAGCACACACGAUACCGGGACCGCAGGUUUUCGGUCGCUUCCCUCCCACGUCACAGAGUCUAUCCGAGGAAGAGCUCGAUCCUUACUUUGUCAAUUUCGAAGCAUCUUCGAAGGAAUUGGAGCAGUUACUGCAAGGAAGCAUGGAGAAAGUUAACCGUCGGGCGCUCGCUCACCUUAAUUCGUGGGGAAGCGAUAUGGCGGAAUUGGGAGCGCGGUACAAUGCUUUUGCGUUGAACGAGCAGUCACGUACUCUGUCGCAAGCCAUUGAAAAGAUGGGCCAGGCUGUCGAUUCCACUUACAUCCAAACUUGUGAGCUUUCGUCUGCGUUGAGUGCAGGCUUUGCGGAACCAAUGAGGGAGAGCGCUCAGUUUGCCGGAAUCGUCCGGGACGUACUCAGAUACCGCAUUCUCAAACGUGUGCAGGAAGAGAUGACCAAGGACGAGCUGGACAGGAAGAGACAUCUACUUCAGUCACUGGAGCAGAGCGAAGCCGAAGCUAAAAGGAUAGAGCAGUAUCUGAACCAGACUGGGGGUCCACCGCCGAGGAGAUCCAACUCUACUGCUUCCCAACGCAGCAACAGCGAUCCCCCACGACCCGAGGAAGAUGCGGCAUCUAUCGACUCUGACUUCCCGCCUACUCAUGGCGAAUCGCACUCGCCACCUUCAGCGGCGCAAGGUCAGCCCCAGCGAUCCGAGCCAUCAUCGCCGGUUCACAGAAAGACUGCAAGCGGGAACUUUGUGACCUCGAAGAUCUUUGGCCGGGUCAGCCAUGCUUUCCAUGGUAUCGUUGACGUAGACCCGGAGAGAACGCGUAGGGACCAGAUUGGCAAGACGAGGGAGAGCAUAACUCAGCUUGAACAAGCAUUGGAAGUAGCGGAGAAGGAUGUCAAGGAUGCCAGCAUAGGUGUGUUGAAGGAUCUCAAGAGAUUCCAGGGUGAAAAGGAGGAAGAUCUCAGACGUUAUAUGAUUGCCUUCGCUAAGUGCCACAUCGAGUGGGCGAAGAGAAACCAGGCCUCAUGGGAAGAGGCCAAGGCGGAGAUUCAAAACAUUCAGGCGGCUCCUACAGAGUGA